UGGGUUUUUUUUAGUGUUUUUUUUUAUGAUAGAUAACACAUUUUGACGCAACCUGGCCAUUUAUGCUCUUCAAUCGAUUUUUCAUCCGAUUGAGUUAAGCAUAAUUUGCAUAAAGGGUGUAACUUUAAUUUGUAUUCCUACGACAAUAUCCAAAGAUUACUGCAUACUAAUAUAGCUUUUGAUUCUACCUUGCGAUAUUUCAAAUAAACCAUGGAACAGUAUGUAUACAUGAUGUACAUAAAACGUAGUUACAUAUAUACAACAACAGGGGUCAAACACGCAAAGAAUCAGGAGAAUAGGUAAAUUUUGAAUAAACAUACAUACAUGUAACUUUCGUUGAGAUUCAGAAUCUUUACAAUACAUACAUGUAAGUUCUCAAUUGUUUUUCUUUUGGGGGCAGAACAAUGUUAAAUAUUUUAGAAAAUCUCUUCGUAAUUUGCGCAAUGCGUUACAUUCCAAAAAAACUGUAUUUAAAAAAGCACGUUUAAAUGAAUGUUGUUGUUUUGUAGAUGUUACUAAUAAAUAUAAGAUGUGGUCCAUAUUGUUUAAUGUUGGUAUUCGAUGCAUGGAAACUGCUUCAGGUAAUCCAUUUUUGUACAACAGCGUCUUCAUAUUCUUUGAAUAUUGCAUACUGAUUAAAUGCGAAUUCAAAACACCUGAUCCAUCAGACCGACAUGCAUAUGUCACUGUGAUAAAAAAAUAAUAACGAUACAACUGCAAUAAAUGCGCUCAUCAUUCUCUGUACAUCAAAGACUGCCUGUAGAUAUAAACGGAAUGUAUAAAUUGGGCGGCUUAUCUAGGGAAAUCCGUUAAUAGAAAUUUCACAAGACAACUUAAUAGUAUUCCAAUGUCUGGUUGUCCAGCCUUUCUGUUUCUGUCUCCAUCCUACCUUAGCUUAAACGACCUUCAUUAACGAAUAGAUGACACACUUAACAGAUCAGCCGCAACUCUCGGCAUCCCUUGUGAUUCUACGAAAUUUCUAGAUUCUGUCUUCUCUUUUUUACAUUUUGAUCAUUGUUUCCCUGUGUUGGGUCACUAAAUUCUUUCGAUUUGAGGAACGAUUGUUACAUCGAUUCGUCAGAAUAAAUGUGUACGAAUUAUUUUUGCUCUUAAAAAUCACACUACUUGCAUCAUUUUUGACAAUGAAUAUCUAAAUAUGAAUCACAUGUAUAAUCAAUGUGUCUUAAUAUCUUGUAAACAUAAGAUGUAUUUCCUGAAAAUGAAUAGAAAUCUUAGAAAUUACAUUUUUCAUACCAAUUGUUAGGCCCUUCUUAGCAUACUGAUUUUGACUACGGAUUACUCCGUUUUCCUGAGCAAGACAGGACUUACGGUGGGUAUGACCGGUUGAUAGGGGACGCUUACUCCUCCUAGGCACCUGAUCCCAUCCCUGGUAUGUCAAGGGGUCCGUGUUUGCCCAACUCUCUAUUUUGUAUUACUUAUAGGAGUUAUGAGAUUGAUCACUAUUCGUUAUUUUCACCUUUCAUCUAAAAGGUUUCUUUGAAUACGAUAAACGACAUGAAUCUGCAGACCCGUAUAGUCAGUGUGUUUCAUCGUUUACUGUGUGUUUUCGUUUCACCUGUCAUUCAUAAAAUCUUAUCUCAAACUUUGUAUUCUGACACAUGAAACCUACUUGCACGUAACCUUACGGCAGCAUUUGAAAACGCACUAAACCCCUUCUUCAAGCUAGUUUUAAAGAGAGAAAAAUGGAAAUGAAAGUCAUAUCCAGAGAUCUGAGCCCGGCUUCAUCCGACCUCGAUAGUGACCAAUCGGAGAACGAGAGGGGAAGAUGGGGGAGAAAGCUGGACUACAUGUUAUCCAUGAUCGGUUACUGUGUUGGUCUAGGCAACAUAUGGAGGUUUCCCUAUCUCUGUAUGAGGAAUGGUGGCGGUGCUUUCCUGAUACCUUUCAUGCUCUUUCUAAUGAUUUGUGGUCUACCGUUGUAUUUUCUCGAAGUCUCUCUUGGUCAGUUUACAGGGAAAGGAUGUUUCCAUGUUUGGGAAGCCUGUCCUCUCUUCAAAGGGAUUGGUGUCGGGAUGUUCUGUGUUCUUUUUGUUAUCACCCUGUAUUAUAACAUAAUUAACACCUGGACGUUGUUCUACAUGGGGAGUUCUUUUUUCUCACCCGUCCUUUGGUCAAGAUGUGACGAGGAAUGGAAUACACCACCAUGUAUCAACGACAUGCCCAAAUCAACUUCAAACAGCACAAAGUUAAACGUAUCUGUUUCAUUAACCCAGACUCUCCUGGGAUCCAAUCACUCCAGUAAUACAACAGCUGUUGGUAUCUUAAACGGUACUAAAGUUGUUAGCUCAACAAGUGAAGAACAGUUUUGGUUCAACCACGUCCUUAAUCUGUCAGAGGGUCUACAUGAUGUCGGUUCUUUGAACUGGCGCCUAACACUUUGCUUUCUGAUAGCGUGGAUUGUGAUUUGCCUUUGUUUAAUCAAAGGAGUAAAAUCUCUUGGAAAGGUAGUCUACGUAACGGCUACGCUGCCGUAUCUCCUGCUGACAGUGAUUCUCAUUAAAGGAUUGACAUUGCAUGGUUCAAUUGAUGGCAUCCUUUUCUACAUACGUCCAGACUUCAACAAACUUGCCAAUGUCCAGGUGUGGUUGGAGGCAGGUUUACAGGUGUUUUACUCACUGGGACCAGGAUGGGGACCCCUCAUUACAAUGGCCAGCUACAACAAAUUUAACAACGAUUGCUACAGGGACUCCAUAACGUUAACACUGAUAAGCGAAGGAACGAGUAUUUUUGGAGGAUUUGCGAUAUUCACGAUUAUUGGGUACAUGGCCCACAUAGCAGGAAAACCCGUAGAAGACGUAGUGCAGGCGGGUCCUGGGCUAGCUUUCCUCGUGUACCCGGAGGCUCUUUCACUACUUCCGUUUCCAAACCUUUGGGCAGUUGUGUUUUUUGUAAUGUUAUUCACCGUUGGAUUAGACAGCCAGUUUGCCACACUGGAGGCAUGCAUGACAGCUGUCAGUGACAUUUUCCCGCGCCUUCGACGUCACAAAGCCCUUCUGUCAAUAGUGUCAUGUUGCUUCUUCUUCCUGGUGGGAUUGUUGUUGUGCACAAGUGCUGGUCUGUACAUAUUCCAGCUUCUAGACUGGUACAUUGCAGCGUUCGCUGUCCCUCUGUUUGGCGUGCUCGAGUGCAUCAUUUUUGGUUGGAUUUAUGGGGCGGAAAACAUGUCACGUGACAUAAAGACAAUGAUUGGGAGGAGUGUGCCUGUUUACAUGAGGAUACACUGGUGUAUCAUUACGCCUUUAUCAUUAAUGGUGCUCUUAAUAUUUUCGAUGUACACAUAUCGCCCACCAAUGGUUGGUUCGUAUACAUAUCCUGCAUAUGCCCGAGUCUUCGGCUGGAUUAUUGCCUUACUACCCCUCGUGCCUAUACCCGUCUGCGCAUAUCGAGUACUUAGUAGAUGUCAUGGCGAGACUUUGUAUCAGAAAUUCCGUGAAUCUUUGAAACCUUCAGAGGACUGGAGACCAGUAUCAACAUCAGAAUCAGAGAAAAAUAAAGGGGAAGGCAGAUUUUCACCUCCAGACAUGAAAUCUGCCAUUCUGAGAAACAUUUUGGGAAGGGAAUCAUAGAGGUGUUCUGGUGCUAAUUAUCGCCUACAAAUUAUAUAAUAUACAUGUAAACAUAUAUAACGCAA